CCAAUGUCUUAUGACUAUACAAAACUGGGGAAGACAUGGCAGCAGGUUCAGCAAGUCUCCCGUGGCUUGAAAAAACAAGGCAGCAGAUUCAAAAUCUACAGGAGUGGAGGGAGUUUUCAGACAAAUUGUGUGAUGCCGUCCAGCAGCAGAUGAAUGAAAGUAGCAUUAAAUUCUUCAAUGAUCUGUCAGAAACAGAGAAGGUUUUUGUCCUGGAAAAAGCAGCCAAAGCGCUACAUUCAGGUACCAUCUACAAUCAACUAACUUCUAGCAUCAGCUCCUGUUUGGAACAAAAUAUACACAGCUAUGUUGCUCAGAAACAGCAAGAUGGUAACAUCCUAAGGGAUCAGUCAGAUAUGGUGGCUUCACAUAUACAGGAUGGAGUUAUCAAUAUUCUGGAAAAUAGGCCGAGCAUGAAGGUAAAGCUGCGUGCCAUUUUCAAUCACCCUAUACCUCUGGUUUUGAGAACAUUAACUUGGAAAUUGCAACUAUCCAACAUAAAAGUCCGGAUGGAAUAUUUGACACAAGUGUCCAGGAACAAAGUCCGGUCUGUGCUAGACAGGGAGAUAGGCCUGCACUGCGAGGCUCUACUCACUAAGGAACAAACAUUGCAGCACCUGAAAGAUAACAAGAGUGUUGGAAGGUGUAUGCGGAACGUGAUGUCUUAUUAUCAUAAGCAAAGCAAGGUCAGCCUUUUUGAAGAAGACUAUCUUUUACUUGUGCCUCUUGUACAGAGUGUCUAUGACGCAUCUAAACCAAGCACCUCACUGGAAUCAAUGUCUACUCUGUUGGUUGAAGAGUAUAUCACUUUCAUGGACUCGCGGCCAUCCAUUAUGUGUAAGAGUCAUCCUAACAAGGAAAGUGACAAGAAAACAUUCCAAUCAAUGGCACUGUCAUUAAAAAAGAUUGAUCAACAUCUGGCACAAACCAUCCAAAAUACAUAUUCAGCUGAAGCUGAAAGCCCAGAGGAAGCCCUGACAUUUGGUUUGCAGAGAAUGGUACAGCCAGUCUUCCAUGUCCUUUUUGUCGGUUAUCUGAACAUGAAUACUUUACUGUAUGUCUGGGACCAGUACAUAAUAGGACUUGAUGAGCCCAGUUAUAACUGUCUUCCAGCAAUUGGUUUGGUCUUUCUCAUAUUACUCAAAGAACAUCUCACUGGCUGCAGCUCAAGUGAUAUGGAAGCAGCUUUGAAGACAGGAGGGCCAACCUUAUCUGUUCAGGAAUUUCAGAUGGUAAUAAACAAACAUUUUUACCAAGAUCUUUUCAGUGCACUGAACAAAGGAGAGAGCAACCAGCUCCCAGCGCACGAUCCAACACAAGAUACUCCACACUGGAGUUAUGUAUCCACUGUGGCAGCGCCUCCAAGAACAAUGCCACAGGAUAGACGAAAAGCAAGGGAACAACGGGAAAUAUUGAAAAGACAAGUUGCUGAGGCAGAACAGAGAGAAGAACUAAUGAGGCGUCAGCAAGAAGAGGAACAAAACAGACAAGAGGAAGAGAGGCUGAACCGACUUCUUGAAGACACAAAAAAAAGACAUGAAGAGGAGAAAUCUGCCCUUGAAAAUCAGAUCAAACAGGAACAGCAGCAGAACUACGAACUGGAGAAAAGAGCAACUGAGCAGAUAAAUGAAUUACAAAGUGAAAUCAGAAGGCUAUUGCAGCAAAGAAGGGUGUCUUCCGGAGGACAUUCAGUAGAAAGUAUCAGGGCCCCACCCCCCUCUGUGAAAUCGCAGACCCCCACUGAGAGAAAGUCGUCAGACAGUCCUUCAACACCGGAGCAACAAAUUGUGUCACCUCAAAUUACUAGAGAAGUGAAUGGAAAAACAGCCAAUACAGUGAUGCUUGAUCUCUUACAGCAGAUGAUGGAGUCUGCGGAUACACUCAUUAAUGGUCAAACUGUGGCAGAAAGAGAUACUUUGAAUGGGAUUAUGAAAAAGCAUCUCAGAGAUUACAGAGAAGAUGUGAAGAAUGCAGAGAUUGAAAUAUUUGGUCGUGAACUGGAGUUAAAUGAACUAGACUGUGUGGAUGAACCCAAGCGAACGACAUUAUCAAAGCAAUUGUCCCAUGCAAUAAAAAUGCGGACAGAAGCCCGCUUUACAGCUGCAGUGAGAUCAAGUGAACAAAGGUUACCAGAAAAUGUUAAAUAUACAAUAUAACCUUUCAUAAAUAUGUCAAGUCAUUUUCGUUUUUUUUUUAAGGACCCAGUAAAAAUGUACCUAUAAUUUUGAAAAGUGCACAAUGAUGGCAUGCUGAACACCACAUAACUCUAAAUUAAGGAAAAACACUGAGACAAUUUUUAACUGACUGUAUUGUACUAUUUUCUUAAAAGAUUUGGUCCACCAUUUAAACUGUGUACAUAUGGCAGACAUAAAUACAGUACAAUAAAAUAUAUUUAAGAAACAA